UAUAUAAUGACUUCGACGAAUAAUACAGUUGAUUAUAAUAAUGGAUUGACUCAUGGUAGAGUACUUAACUUUGGUGCUGGACCAGGUUGUUUGCCAGAGGAGGUGUUGUUGGAGGCUCAACAAGAGUUGCUCAACUUCCAAGGCAGUGGCAAGAGUAUAAUGGAGCUAUCACACAGAGGCAAGGAGUAUUCAAAGGUACACGAGGAUGCCAAGUCCAACCUUAGACUGCUACUCAACAUACCAGAGAACUAUGAUAUAUUGUUCUUACAGGGUGGCGCUACUUCAUUGUUUGCAGGCAUACCUAUCAAUCUGUGCAAUGGCAAUAAUGAUACGAUUGAUUACUUGGUCACUGGUGCAUGGUCAAAGUCUGCGUACAAUGAAGCCAAGAUGUAUACAAAGGUCAAUGCCGUGGCUGAUAUGGAGUCGACAAAGUUCAGAACAGUGGCCGAGCCAUCGGACUGGAAGAGAUCAGACAACGCAUCAUAUUUCUAUUAUUGUGACAAUGAGACUGUGCAUGGCGUUGAAAUGCCCUCGCAACAGGUCUAUGACAAUGUGCCAGCGAGUAUCCCCAUUCUCUGCGACAUGUCGUCCAACUUCCUCUCGCGUCCCGUUGACGUCUCCAAAUUCGGUCUCAUCUACGCCGGAGCACAAAAGAACGCUGGCAUUGCCGGUAUCACCAUUGUCAUCAUUCGCAAGGACCUUCUCCAAAAGUCAAAGCCAGACACUCCCAACGUCUUCAACUUCUUGAAGAAGAGCCAACAGAACUCACUGGAUAACACUCCACCAACAUUCAACAUCUAUAUUAUGGGAUUGGUACUCAAGUGGCUGUUGAAGAAUGGUGGACUUGAUGAGAUGUCCAGACUGAGCCAGACCAAGUCUCAUAUGUUAUACGACUUUGUAGACAACUCAAAUGGAUUCUACACUUGUUACAUUGACAAGAAAUAUAGAUCUAGAAUGAAUGCAUGCAUUAGGAUUAAGGAUGGCGAUGAAGCCAUGGAGGAGAAGUUCUUUAAGGCUGCAGAGAAGCAUGGUAUCACAGAUGUAAAGGGUCACAGAUCAGUAGGUGGCGUAAGAGUCUCCCUGUACAAUGCCAUCACAGUCAGAGGUGUCGAAGUACUGUUGGCCUUUAUGAAGGAGUUCAUGGCCCAGAAUCAAUAA